AUGACAGAAGGUUAUGCAGUUGCGCAUCUAGAAACAUUACGUCCAAACUCUCCCCCUAAUAUUGCUUCUCCAGAGCGACCCUACACGCCAAACUCCACACUUUCACAACCAGAUACGGCCGCUUCUGCUUCCAUUUCACCAGUUUCAUCUGUAUCGCUAAAGUCAGAUGACCCUUAUAAUAUAUGUGCGGCUGAUCUAGAACCGUCGUACCGGCCUAUUGAAUCAGGAGGAGCCAGGGUAGGCGAGACGGAGGAGCCACACAGCGAGGACAGCGAUGAUGACGGGCCGUGUUUUGGUUGCAAACAUUACAAACGAAAUGUCAAAGUCCAGUGUUAUGACUGUCGGAAAUGGUACCCUUGUCGUCACUGCCAUGAUGAGGUGGAGAAACAUGCCUUGGAUCGCCGGAAGACAGAACAUAUGCUGUGCGUCCUCUGUCAAACUCCGCAACCUGCAAGCGGCUACUGUAGAGCUUGUGGACGAUGUGCUGCUUGGUAUUAUUGCGACAUAUGCAAACUUUGGGAUGAUGAUACGAGUAAGAAGAUCUAUCACUGUCUUGACUGUGGAAUAUGCCGAGUCGGUGAGGGCAUAGGGAAGGACUAUGUUCAUUGCAAGAAAUGCAAUGUCUGUAUCUCUAUCGGACACGCUGACUCCCAUCGAUGCAUCGAGAGAGCAACCGAAUGCGACUGUCCCAUUUGUGGCGAAUAUCUCUUCAAUUCCUCUGCUGACGUCGCCUCAAUGCCUUGCGGGCACUAUAUGCACAAAGGCUGCUACAAAGACUAUCUUGAUGUAGCCUACAAAUGCCCAUUUUGCAAGAAGAGUGUCAUCAACAUGGAACUCUCAUGGCGGAAGCUUACGCACGAUAUAGAAAGCCAGCCGAUGCCGCCGCAGUUCGAUAAGACAAGGGUGAAUAUUCAAUGCAACGAUUGCUCUGCUAAGUCCAACGUAAAGUAUCAUUGGCUGGGCAAUAAAUGCAACACGUGC